AUGGGAGCAGAAGCAUUGUCCAAGAACGAGGUUGCACCUGCAGAGGCACCCCUUGUUCUGGGACUCCAACCCUCAGCCCUCGUUGACCACGUGGCACCUGUGGAUUGGUCCUUGCUUCAUCAAAUUCCCGGUGAACAUGGUGGCUCCAUACCUAUUGAGCUUGGAGAACUUGAAAAUCUACUGAGGGAGGUGAAAAUCCAUGUCCUCUCAUGCCAUGAUGAUGAUGAUGGUUGUAAUCCUUCUUCAGACUUUAAGACCUUGGCUGGAGGCAGUGUUGCAAACACGAUUCGAGGACUGAGUAAUGGGUUUGGGAUUUCUAGUGGAAUUAUUGGGGCUUGUGGGGAUGAUGACCAGGGAGAGUUGUUUGUCAAUAACAUGAAUUUCAAUGGAGUUGACCUCUCUAGACUCAGGAAGAAGAAAGGACAUACAGCACAGUGUGUUUGUUUGGUUGAUGACUUGGGAAACCGUACCAUGCGACCCUGUCUCUCUAAUGCUGUGAAAGUUCAGCCGGAAGAGUUGACCAAAGAGGAUUUUCAGGGCUCCAAGUGGUUGGUGUUAAGAUAUGCUAUACUUAAUUUGGAAGUUAUUCAAGCAGCUAUUCUUUUAGCAAAGCAGGAAGGUCUUCUUGUUUCCUUGGAUAUGGCCAGUUUUGAGAUGGUUAGAAAUUUUAAACAACCACUUGUGAAGCUAUUGGAGUCUGGGAACAUUGACCUGUGUUUUGCCAAUGAAGAUGAGGCAACAGAGCUUCUAAGGGGUGAACAAGAUGCUGAUCCAUUAAAUGCUGUAGAAUUUCUUGCCAAGUACUGCCAAUGGGCAGUAGUAACACUGGGUUCUAAUGGAUGCAUUGCUAAACAUGGAAACGAGAUUGCACGUGUCCCAGCCAGAGGAGAGGCAAAGGCAAAAGAUGCAACAGGGGCAGGGGAUCUAUUUGCAAGUGGGUUUUUGUAUGGAGUGAUAAAAGGAUUGUCACUUGAAGAGUGCUGCCAAGUGGGGGCAUGCAGUGGUGGGUCAGUUGUACGCUCUCUUGGGGGUGAAGUCACGUUGGAGAAUCGCCACUGGAUGUACAAACAAAUGCAAAUCAUGAACCUUCCCACGCCUCAUACUGACAAAUGA